UCUUACACCGUGCAGACUCUGUCCGUGCUGAAGGAUGGCCACACACAUGGGAUAGCUUGCUUAGCAUUCGACGUAGAUGGGCUGCGCUUGGUCUCUGUCGGACUCGACUCACAGAAUGCGGUCUGUGUUUGGGAUUGGAAAAGGGGGAAAAUGCUGUCCAUGGCUCCGGGUCACACAGACCGAAUCUUUGAUAUCUCUUGGGAUUUGUACCAGCCAAAUAAACUUGUCAGCUGUGGCGUAAAACAUAUCAAGUUCUGGAGUUUGUGCGGAAAUGCUCUGACCCCCAAACGAGGUGUCUUUGGUAAGACUGGUGACCUUCAGACAAUCUUGUGCCUAGCCUGUGCAAGGGAUGAGUUAACCUAUUCUGGUGCACUCAACGGAGACAUAUAUGUCUGGAAAGGAAUCAAUCUGAUCCGGACAAUACAAGGAGCCCAUACUGCAGGAAUUUUUAGCAUGAAUGCUUGUGAAGAAGGCUUUGCUACUGGUGGCCGGGAUGGCUGUGUCCGCCUUUGGGAUUUAACUUUUAAACCAAUUACUGUGAUUGAUCUCAGGGAAACAGACCAAGGAUACAAAGGCUUGUCUGUGAGGAGCGUGUGUUGGCGAGGCGACCACAUUCUAGUUGGAACACAGGACAGUGAAAUUUUUGAAAUUGUGGUGCAUGAGAGAAACAAACCUUUCCUCAUUAUGCAAGGACACUGUGAAGGGGAACUGUGGGCCCUUGCUGUCCAUCCUACGAAGCCGUUGGCCGUGACCGGAAGUGAUGAUCGGUCAGUCAGGAUAUGGAGUCUCGUAGAUCAUGCAUUGAUAGCAAGGUGUAAUAUGGAAGAACCAAUUCGCUGCGCAGCUGUAAAUGUAGAUGGAAUUCACCUUGCUCUAGGAAUGAAGGACGGCUCAUUCACUGUGCUCCGAGUAAGAGACAUGACCGAGGUCGUCCACAUUAAAGACAGAAAGGAGGCGAUUCAUGAGUUAAAAUAUUCAGCAGACGGAAGCUGCCUUGCAGUUGGGUGCAACGACGGCUCGGUGGAUGUGUACGGAGUGGCUCAGCGCUAUAAGAAAGUUGGGGAAUGUGUCGGUUCUGUUAGUUUCAUCACUCACCUGGACUGGUCCUCAGACAGUCGAUACUUGCAGACAAAUGAUGGAAAUGGGAAAAGACUUUUCUAUAGGAUGCCAGGUGGAAAAGAAGUGACGAGCAAAGAAGAAAUGAAAGGUGUCCACUGGGCAUCAUGGACAUGUGUUUCCGGCCUGGAAGUAAACGGGAUUUGGCCCAAGUACUCAGAUACCAAUGAUAUAAAUUCAGUGGAUGGGAAUUAUAUUGGCCAAGUGUUAGUUACAGCGGAUGACUAUGGAGUUGUGAAAUUAUUCCGCUAUCCUUGUUUAAGAAAAGGGUCCAAGUUUAAGAAAUACAUCGGCCAUUCGGCACACGUAACUAAUGUCAGAUGGUCCCAUGACCAUCAGUGGGUUAUUUCCAUUGGUGGAGCGGACCACUCGGUCUUUCAGUGGAAGUUCAUUCCUGAGAGGAAGCUGAAAGACUCUCUUCAUGUAGCACCCCAAGAAAGUCUGGCUGAUUCUAAUAGUGAUGAAUCAGAUUCAGACCUGUCUGAUGUUCCAGAACUGGAUUCUGAAAUUGAACAAGAAACACAGCUCACUUACCGUCGACAGGUUUAUAAAGAAGAUCUACCUCAGCUUAAAGAGCAAUGCAAAGAGAAACAAAGAAGUGCUACUUCUAAAAGAAGAGAGAGAGCCCCAGGAGACAGCCUCCGCUUGCAUUUCGUCCAUGGUUACAGAGGUUAUGACUGUCGAAGCAAUCUGUUUUACACUCAAAUUGGUGAGAUCGUGUACCACGUGGCCGCAGUGGGGGUCAUUUAUAACCGACAGCAGAACACGCAGCGCUUUUACCUGGGGCACGAUGAUGACAUUCUCUGCCUGGCCCUCCAUCCUUUGAAAGACUAUGUGGCAACAGGCCAGGUAGGGAGGGAUCCUUCCAUUCACAUAUGGGACACAGAGACCGUUAAACCAUUGUCAAUCCUAAAGGGCUACCACCAGUAUGGUGUCUGUGCUGUUGAUUUCUCAGCGGAUGGGAAGCGUCUGGCUUCGGUGGGAAUAGACGACAGCCACACAGUUGUGCUGUGGGACUGGAGGAAAGGCGAGAAGCUCUCCCUGGCCAGAGGGAGCAAAGACAAGAUCUUUGCUGUGAAGAUCAACCCCUACGUGCCUGACAGAUUGAUUACCGCGGGAAUCAAACACCUGAGGUUUUGGCGCCGAGCAGGGGGAGGCCUGAUUGGCAGAAAAGGCUACGUAGGCACACUGGGGAGAAACGAGACCAUGAUGUGCGUGGUGUGUGGGUGGACCGAAGAGAUGGCCUUCUCGGGGACGUCCACGGGAGACGUGUGCAUCUGGAGGGACGUCUUUCUCGUCAAGACCGUGAAAGCGCACGACGGGCCCGUGUUCAGCAUGCACGCGCUGGAGAAGGGAUUCGUCACUGGUGGGAAAGACGGGGUUGUUGCUCUCUGGGAUGACGCCUUUGAGAGGUGCCUCAAGACGUACGCCAUUAAAAGAGCGGCCCUGGCCCCCGGAUCCAAAGGCCUUCUCUUGGAAGAUAACCCAUCCAUACGUGCCAUAUCCCUAGGGCAUGGCCAUAUUCUAGUGGGUACAAAGAAUGGCGAAAUCCUAGAAGUGGAUAAAAGUGGCCCGAUCACGCUACUGGUCCAGGGACACAUGGAAGGAGAAGUGUGGGGUUUGGCCACACAUCCUUACCUGCCCAUAUGUGCUACUGUAAGUGAUGAUAAAACCUUAAGAAUAUGGGAUCUCUCUCCUAGUCACUGUAUGUUGGCUGUCCGGAAACUGAAAAAAGGUGGGCGGUGCUGCUGCUUCUCCCCGGACGGCAAAGCCCUGGCUGUGGGUCUCAGCGACGGCAGCUUCCUGAUCGCCAACGCGGACACUCUGGAGGACCUGGUGUCCUUUCACCACAGAAGAGAGGUCAUUUCGGACAUUCGCUUUUCACCGGGUGCUGGGAAGUACCUCGCCGUCGCAUCCCAUGACAGCUUCGUGGACAUAUACAACGUGCUGAGCAGUAAACGAGUAGGAAUCUGCAGAGGGGCCACGAGCUAUAUAACCCACAUUGACUGGGAUCUAAGAGGAAAGCUUUUACAAGUCAACACUGGUGCUAAAGAACAUUUAUUCUUCGAAGCCCCCAGAGGGAAAAGGCAAGCGAUUCCCAGUGUGGAGGUAGAAAAAAUUGGCUGGGUCUCAUGGACAAGUGUGCUUGGUUUAUGCUGUGAGGGGAUUUGGCCGAUCCUUGGGGAAGUCACAGACGUUACUUCCGCUUGCCUCACCAAUGACAAAAUGAUCCUCGCUACCGGGGAUGAUUUGGGAUUUGUGAAGUUAUUUCGAUUUCCCGCGAAAGGAAAAUUUAGGAACUUUAAGAGGUACGUGGCUCAUAGUACACAUGUCACAAAUGUUCGCUGGAUAUACGAUGACAGCAUGUUGGUGACCCUGGGAGGCUCCGAUAUGUCCUUGAUGGUGUGGACCAACGAAACGGAGGGCUACCGAGAAAAGAGGUCUUGUGAUAGUGAAGAAUCCGAUGUCGAUUCUGAGGAGGAUGGGGGCUACGACAGCGAUGUUACAAAGGAGAAUGAAAUCAGUUACACCAUCAGAGCCUUAGCGACAAAUAUCCGUCCAAUGUUCGGAACCAAGCCUCACUUACAGCAAAAAGAGCUCUCCGUAGACGAGAGGCAGGGGAUAGUAAGGGGUUCCAGGCCCCCCGUGAGCAGGGCCCCGCCACAGCCAGAAAAACUCCAGACAAACAAUGUCGGCAAGAAAAAGAAACCCAUAGAGGACCUGGUGCUGGAGCUUGUGUUUGGCUAUCGAGGCCGAGACUGUAGGAACAACGUGCACUACUUAAAUGACGGUGAUGACAUCGUUUAUCACACGGCAUCGGUUGGAAUUCUGCAUAACGUUGCCACAGGGACGCAGAGCUUUUACCAGGAACACAGCGACGACAUUCUAUGCCUCACUGUAAAUCAGCACCCGAAAUUCGUCAACAUAGUGGCAACUGGCCAAGUAGGUGAUUCAGCAGACAUGUCAGCCACAGCCCCUUCGAUCCACAUCUGGGAUGCGAUGAACAAGCAGACCGUAUCGGUGCUGCGCUGCUACCACUCCAAGGGCGUCGGUUCCGUCAGCUUCAGCGCGACUGGCAGAUUGCUGCUGUCUGUGGGACUCGACCCGGAGCACACCAUCACUGUUUGGAGGUGGCAGGAAGGUGACCGAAUUGCCAGCAGAGCUGGUCACAACCAGCGUAUUUUUGUGGCAGAAUUCCGGCCCGACUCGGACAGCCAGUUUGUCUCGGUGGGCGUGAGGCACGUGAAGUUCUGGACGCUGGCAGGAAGGGCUCUUCUGAGCCGGAAAGGGGUGCUGAGCACGCUGGACGACGUCCGCCUGCAGACCAUGCUCUCCGUAGCCUUUGGUGCAAAUAACUUGACGUUUACAGGUACCAUCAGUGGUGACGUGUGUGUGUGGAAAGACCACGUCCUGGGUCGGAUCGUGGCCAGAGCUCACAACGGGCCCGUGUUCGCCAUGUACACCACCCUGCGAGAUGGCCUGAUCGUCACUGGUGGCAAGGAACGGCCGUCAAAAGAAGGAGGAGCAGUUAAACUGUGGGACCAGGAGCUGAGGCGAUGCCGGGCCUUCAGGCUGGAGACAGGACAAGCCACGGACUGUGUGCGUUCUGUGUGCAGAAGCAAAGGCAAGAUAUUAGUAGGAACAAGGAAUGCUGAAAUUAUUGAAAUCGGAGAGAAAAACGCAGCUUGUAAUAUUUUAGUGAAUGGCCACGUGGACGGACCCAUCUGGGGACUGGCAACACACCCUUCCAGGGACUUUUUUCUUUCGGCCGCAGAAGACGGGACAGUGAGACUCUGGGAUAUUGCUGAUAAAAAGACGUUAAACAAAGUGAAUUUGGGACAUGCUGCCCAUACUGUGUGUUACAGCCCUGAAGGGGACAUGGUGGCUAUUGGAAUGAAAAGCGGAGAAUUCAUUAUUUUAUUGGUGAGCUCUCUAAAAAUAUGGGGAAAGAAGAGAGACCGGCGAGGUGCCAUCCACGAUAUCAGAAUCAGCUACUGCAAAGACAUCCCAAGUUUUGUCAUUCAAAUGGACUUCUCGGCUGACAGCAGACACCUCCAGGUUUCCACGGGUUGCUAUCAACGGCGUGUCUAUGAAGUGCCUUCCGGAAAACAUCUUUUGGAUCAGGCUGCCAUCGACAGAAUUACUUGGGCUACGUGGACGAGUACUCUGGGAGAUGAAGUUAUGGGGAUCUGGUCCCGGCACGCCGACAAGGCCGACGUCACCUGUGCCUGUGUUUCUCAUUCGGGAAUCAGCCUCGCAACAGGCGAUGACUUCGGCAUGGUCAAAUUAUUUGACUUUCCGUGCCCUGAGAAAUUCGCAAAACACAGGAGGUUCUUCGGUCAUUCACCCCAUGUGACCAACAUUCGAUUUACCAGUGGGGAUCGCCAUGUCGUUAGCGCAGGAGGCGACGACUGCAGUUUAUUUGUCUGGAAAUGUGUGCACAUGCCUCACUGAAAAGCAUUGGUGCCCCAAAGAUGCUGCACAAACAGCCUUGAGAGCCAAGACUUGCAGAGGGAAAACACACAAACCCUGCACGGCCAAGUGGUGCUAAGCCCUGAUUGUGACGACGGAGAGGAGGCUCGGGAUCACAAGAGAAAGACGGAUCCAUUCGCAGUGUUUGCCACUGGCACUGGCUGUCCACGCGUGCUCCAGACACUGCCCGGGAGUCCGUCCCAGGAAGGGCUUGAAGGCAUACUGGGUGGACAGCCAGUGCGUCGUUGCUUUCACGGUAGACUACAAAUGAGGCAGACCCACAGGGCAGAUGAAUUUGGGGAUUUUUUGUUUGUUUGUUUACAAGGCAGAUUUGGGGGGAAGCACUCAACUAAUCCCCCAAAGGGUUAAAAACCCAACUUGGGUAGUUUCUCCGCCCACCCCCACCCCCCAAAAAAACAAACUUUCCCUAUUUUCAAGAUUCAAUUUUCAACGAAAUAUUUAAAAUACUUUAUCCUUAUAUUCGUAAGAAGCACUACCAUCACCCUGAAAGAUUACACUACUGAAAAGGCAGUUAUGGUUUCCCCUAAGGAAACAGAUACGAACUGUACUGGAAAUUGUAAGGUGUCCUAAGCAUAAAAAUUCUUAAAAAAAAUAAAAAAAAAAGACCCAUUUAAUAAAGGACAUUUUUCUCCAGGCAGAAAUUUGAAUCCCAAAUAGUGGUAUGAUGCGCAAUCAUUUCCAAUGAUGUACAGUUUGUAAGGCUUUAGGUAGUGAUAGUAUUUAGGUGGAAGAGAAAACUGAAUAUAUAUAGUGGUAAUCAAAUAUAAACAUUGUAAAUGAAAGGAUUAAAGUUCACAUUUAUAGUUAUAUAAUUUAGUAACUCUUGGAAUGAAAGUUUUAUAACUUGUUUCCUAUUGGGAAAACUGUUCAGUUAGUUGUUUUAUGCUGAUAUAAAUCCCACCCAAGUUGAAUGCUCUACAGGUGCAUUUGUGAGCUUGUCGUUUGGAAGAUUCCUUUCUGGUAUACAUAGGCUGAACUCUUCAGAUUCUUACGCUUGCUCACCUCAAAUGCUGCCAAAGAUCAGUACUAACCAUUCAGGAAUUUGCUGUUAGUCUGUCCGUACUUUCUUGGAGACUGGAAAUUAUGUAGACUGCUCUUAAAAAUAACCGUAUAUAUUUUUCUAAGUGUGAAGAAGUUUAAGAUGCUCCAGCUGACCCCGUUAAUGAUCGUUAGAGCCUAACAGACCCUUCAGCUUGUGGGAAACCAAAUGUGGUUUGACAAGACCAUGAAAAUUCCAAAGACCUCAUGUCCAUGUCCAACACUUGUGCACAUUACAAACAAGUAGCAGAAUUUUUAUCCCAGAAACCCAGGGACUGCGCCUAGUCUGAGUUAAAGCUCUGGAUGGCUGUGUCUGAACUGAUAGGCUAUUAGGAAGUAAUACCUUGAAACCCAGGAUAGUAAUCUUUCUUAUUCCCAUAAAUGGGUUCUCCCAAAUUAAACUGAAUGUUAGAAUACAUUAAAUUUCCAUUCAGUCAUUUACAGGGAAAAAGAGUCUGUAAACCAUGCUCUCAUCACAAAACAAAAAACUCCAUUUUUUGCGGUUUUAAAUGGGUCCAGUGUGUGCUCACAAGAAAUGCUACUUCCAUUACUGUGUAGGUCAAAAGUCUAACAUACUCAAAGUAAACUAGGUAGAACAAAAUGGUUUCUGCCGCAUUUUUGUUCCUUUGGGGCCCUCCAGUGAGCCUUAACCACCUGCUACCGCUGGCUUCAGGCCCCCGGUGCUUGGACCACCCAUCAACCAAGGGAAGGCUAAUCAACUUGAUAAGGCCAUUUAAUUUCAACUCUGCCCUGCUUUUUCAUGUUUUCUACCCAGAACUAUUUUUUGGGCACCCUCGAGUUCAGCUCCACCUGGCCGCCUGCAUAGAAUGCAUGCCAAAGCAACCGUGCCCCCGGGCACUGGCUGUGCCCUGCCAGCCACACUCCAGUCGUUUUGUAACCCUUUCUUCUUAUGGAGGGUCACCUUAGACCAGGUCAACCAACACAAGGUUCAGGGCCAACCUUAGCUUGUCCUUAAACCGUAACUAAAUUAACAUGUCACUCUAGGAGUUUUCUGAUAGUCUGUUACAUAGCUAACAACAAACACAUAAGCUCCUUUCCCCCCAUUUGUGUUCUUCAUAGUCAAACUGUAAAACGCCACUAUACCCCACAUAUAAAUAGGAAACUCCAUAUUCUCGGAUAUUUAAAACUAAUUACUUCUGCAGAAACAUAAAAUGUGUCAGUGUAGUCACUCUGGAAUUAACAAGCAUUUCUGAAGAAAAGACUGUCGUGUGUUGGAAGCGACAAGCACAGCUUUGUGUUGCUUCUGCACUGUCUUCCUGAAUGCUCCGAGUCUUAGUGAGGUCCGCACAGUGACGUGCAGCUGACAGGGUGGUGUGGUGAUGGGUUAGUUGUUUUCUUCCCAGCAGUAAUUUAAUUUGGACUUGACAUGUGGAUGUGUGACUCCUCUCUAACCACCUUGUAGCUUUAAUUUCAAAGACAAACAAGAAACGGUAUAUGACAUCUGUAAAAUCAGAGAUCCUGUUGUUAUUUAAUUCUAAAGCAUUUGACACUUCUUGCCUUAACAAUUUUAAAAACCAUACACACGAAACUCAAUAGUAAUUCAAUAAUCCAAAAGUUUAGUCCUAUUUUGAGGUUUACCCAUCUGAUCUUAAUUAUAUAUAGUUCUGUCAUUUAAAAUAUACUAUUUAAAUCUAACUUUUACAUCUUAAAAAUUAUCUUUAGUAGGAACUAAGUAUAUUUUCUGUGAAGUCAUUUCUAAGAAUGUUAUUUUUCAGAAUGUGAGACAAUAUAUGUAUGGCUAAGUCUUGUAAGUUUAAAGUCUGUUUUCUGAUACUUUGUGUACAUACAUGUAAAAAAAAUUUGUAUAAUUUUGUGAUAAUGUAGUUCCCCGAAAUAUUUAUUUAAAGAACAUGUUAAUAGUAAAUGAAAGCAUUUUAAGGACUUGUUCACAUUUUUGCACUCGCUGUUUCAUCUG